AAUUGAAUAUGUUGUUCGAUCUAAACACAAUACACUAUUAAACUUGGUAAUUUUGCUUUCAAGUCUAAUAGCACUUUGUUGGUGAUAGCUGUUGGGUUACAUGUUUGAUAUAAAUGUUUGUGAAAAAUGAAGAUUUUGAUUAUAGUGUUAAUCUUGAUUAAAUAUGCUAAUGCUGGUGAUCCAACACCGAUCGUUUUAUGGCAUGGAAUGGGAAAUAGGAUAUUUUGUCCGGUAGGUGACACCUGCUGCGUAGUCUACAGCGUCGGAGGAUAUAAAUAUUUGCUUGAAAAAGCCAUACCAGGAGUCUAUGUCAUGUCUAUAAAAGUUGGAAGUACAACAUUCGAGGACCUGUACAAUAGUUACUUCAUGGACCCUAACGAGCAAAUUAAAAACGCUUGUAAGACGAUAGAGGAAGACCCCAAGUUAAAAAACGGAUUUAAUGCUAUCGGCUUUUCACAAGGAGGUCAAUUCCUUCGAGCACUUAUACAGCGAUGUGGCCACAAAAUGGGGCGAGUCAAGAACCUGAUCACCCUUGGCAGCCAGCAUCAAGGAGUGUACGGAAGCCCUCACUGUGGAGCCCUGGUUGUCAAGUCCUGUACUUACAUACGCGAACUCAUCGAUAAGGCUCCUUAUGCACCUUGGGUCCAACGCGACCUCGUCCUAGCUACAUACUGGCACGAACCGCUCCAUGAACAAGAAUACAAAAAUAACAGCAUUUUUCUCUCGGAUAUCAACAACGAACUGUCUAUAAACCAGACGUAUAAUGAUAACCUGAAUAAAUUAGACCAUUUUGUGAUGGUCAUGUUUAACAAUGACACCGUCACCCAGCCUAGAGAGAGCUCUUGGUUUGGGUUCUACAAACCUGGACAGGAUCAAGUUUUACAGACUUUGCAAGAGUCUGAUCUAUACAAAGAGGACCGCAUCGGCCUUAAGAAAAUGGACGAGGCUGGAAAACUAGUCUUUCUAUCGACUCCCGGAGAUCAUUUGAGGGUUUCGAAGAAAUGGUUCAUUGAAAAUAUCGUCAAAGUUUACUUAUCUCCACAAUAGUUCAUAUUUCUAGCGGAUUAUUCCAUUAAAAUUUAAUUAGCUUCUUAUCUUACUAAAUAAGUUGGUCAAGUAUAUUGCAGUUGUGUAAUGUAAUUGUAAUAGAAAUUAUCUCAGAUGGGUUGAAAAUUUAUUAAACAUUGUUAAGUUACUUAAACGAGAACGGCUUAUAAGAUAUCUACGAUAUCUAGCGCCUAAGUAUCUUCCCCUUAAUUUAAUACUUAUAUUCUGCGGGUUGAAAAUGGGAACUAAGUAAUAGAUAAUCCGAUCGAAGAUUAAACUUUUUCGUCAAUAA